GGCCGCCAACACCGCGGAGUUGUGCCUUACUUAAUUUCUUUUUUCUUUUGCUCUCGCCUCGAUCGCGACUCCUCCCCUUUCGGUUGUGCCUGCGUCAGGCCGCGGCGACGGUUUGCUUGUGUGUGAGCGCGCGCGUGUCCCCCCAUCGUGUCCGAGUGGAGAAGAGAAGCGCCGACGCCGCCGGCGACAACGUGGGUUCUUCCUCGCGCGCUACGAGACGGGCCCGCGGCGCGUGCGGACGCCGGACCGGAGUCUCGUGUGAAGUGGAGUGAGUGUGGUCCUGUCGCUACGUGUAGCAAAAGACAUCGUCAGGACACCGCCGAAAAGGAGACACAAAAAUCGUCUGCAUCGUGUCCUGCAAAGAUAUCGUCUGCUAGUGUUGUCGUCUGCUGGUGUGGUGUGGUGCGCCUGAAGUGUUGUGUGUGUUGUGGUGUUGUUACUCGGUGAUGCUGGUGCGUAGUGUUGUGACAGGCACGUCGUGUCGACGGAGAGUGACGUCCGAAUGACUUCGAAUCGUCGCCGGUGGUGAUGUGUUGUAGUCACGGCGUCGCGCGUGUUUGCGACGACAACGGUUCGUGUUGGAAGAGGUGUCGUCGCCCCGCGGUGUUGUUGUGUGCAGCCGCGCUUUGCCGAGACGGGAGAGAGAGUAAAGGAAGUGUUUUUUCGUAAGAUUAUCCCCCUUCCUUCCUUUCGUUCUCGGAGUCAUCUCCUAACGGGACACUCGCACGGAGCAACAACGAACCAAGUACCUUUUCCCCUCUCUCUCUCUCUCGACUUGUCGUGCUGUUCUCUCCCAAAGCGCUCAGUGGUGGCGAGGUAAAAAAAGAAAAACGUAAGUGAAGUUUGUGCCCACAAAUCUUCUUGCGAGGCUGUGGUUUCCCGUGGCUCUCUGCCUUCAAAACGCUUUCCAAACAGUCGUGUCAAAAAAAAAAGCCUGCGUCAGUUUUUUCACAGCACGUGACAUACCGGUUCAGGGGAGGCCGGAAGGAAAAUAAAAUACGAACGGUGUGCGUUAUAGGCUAAUUACUACCACGCUGCCAUUCGUUUGUUUUUACAACGCCACGUUACCUUUACCCUUUCCACUGCCGCUGAAAGAUAGCAACCCUCUCUCACCGCACGUAACGCAAACAAGCAAAAGCAAUGGGCUGUCACUCAAGCCUGUGAUAACCUCCUCUCCCAAGCAAUCCGGAAGACGAUUUUGUUUUCACACCCCCCCCCCUUUUUUUAAUCUGUUUUCUUCUUUAACUUUCGAGCGAGUUCGACGGAGAAAACACGAAAUAAAACAAAAAGCAGGCGAUUCUGAGAAAAAGACCGAUACCGGUGACGUCACAUCGGUGAUGACCGGUUUGUGGCCUGUGUUGCUGGCUAACAAUACAGCACCUUAAGUCAUCCUAAGUGACCACAACAAUCAGGGAUCGUAUGUUCACUUCAGCGGGCAAACAGCACCUUGAGAUCUCACGUCGCGCGUGAAUCCGAGAACUCCGACUAAUCACGGCUCGCUUUCGGACGUACUUGUUCGUCGAAGACAGUACGAGUGACCGGUUAGUGGACGAUGAUAAUCGGUCACUUCUGACAACCUGUGACGUCAUCUGACGUGACUGCUCGACAUCGGCGGCUGCAGGAAUUGGAUGUUCGCGUUCCCCAGCGAUUGUGUGAGACAGAGUUCGACGGUUCAUUUUCAUCGGCGUCGUCAGCGUUGGAUGUGCGACGGUCGUUGUGUUUUGUUUUUCCUUUUUCAUCGGUUCUUUGUGAAUGAGAGCCUGAGGUUUCGGCCCCGGUCUGAAGUGGCCACGGGUUCUGUACGGCUGUCGCGCCCCGCGCGGACUCUUUGACAUCGGGGUGUGCGACGCCAAACUGGACGACGCCGAUGCCAUGUCACGGCGCAAACAGGACAAACCCCAGCCGAGGAAGCGCUCGGUUACCGACGAUGACGACGCCUUUGUACCCAAGGAUGCCGUCCUCAAAGCGUCGCCGACGCGCGAGGAUAAAAAGAACGACACGUUUGUGCGGCUGUUCGAGGACGGCGACGCGAAGCCUCUGACAGUCAAGGAGGACACGAAAUUCGAACCGGAGCACUUGUUGCAGCAGCAAGACUUUCUCACGUGCGGCGUCUGCCAGAAGGAGUUCGCGCUCUCGGACAUUGUGCGCUUCAUCCAGCACAAGGUACACUCGUGCAACAAGGAGAACUGCCUCCUCUACGACGGGUCGCCCGGAGAGGACGACUUCGACGCCGACCGUCCCGACCUGCCCGUGGGCUCGGCCGCGGCCUCGGCCAACAGCAACGCCGUCGGUGUCACCGGCAACAGCAACACACCAACCUCGAGACGAUGUCCCGGUUCUCAAGUCUCCGCGCUGUCCUCGCUCAAGAGGUCGCACCACCACGGUACCAGUGGGGGCUCCUCGGUGACGGCGUCUUCCACGUCCACGUCCUCUCACCAUCACCAUCAUCACCGGCUGUCGCACAACAACGUCAGUUCGGUGACCAACAACAGCAACAGCAACCACAGCCUGGACCUGGCCGACCGCCUCAAGGCGAGGGUGUCGUUGGAACCUCACUUGCACAAGUACGGGUCUUCCACGGCCAGUGGUGGAGGCGCCUUCGGCUCGGCGGCGUCCAGGACCGCAAGCGGCGGAGGUCUGCUAGUCAACGACAGCAAUGGAGGCGGAGGAGGCAUCGCGUCUCCGACGUCUCCCGCCGAGGGUCACGCGGUCGUGUCCGGGGUCGGACCCGGAGCUGGAGUUCCCCUGGUCAAGUCGCCCCCGGCGUCUUCGGUGUCGCCCGUUAGGAGGCCCGCCUCUACGGUCGACGUCGGCGUCAACACCACCUACACCGAGCCCAACAGUUACACAUGCUUCAGCUGCAAGCACGUGUUUCCAUCCGCCUGGCUUCUGGUCCAGCAUUGCCAGAACAUACAUGGCCUCAAGAUCUACGUGGACGCCAACAUCAGCGCGACGGGACCGCUCUUUCCCCUGGUGGGCGGCGGUCGGCUCCUCCGUCACGCCUCCCUUGCUGCACCGGCCGUCCUCCGGCGCAGCCGUCUGUCGGCGGCCUGCCGGCGCCCACCCCACCCACUCCGGUGGGCUUCUUCGUCCACGCCGUCGGCCAGGUCGACGCCGACGUCCUCCACUGAACCUGCGCCACAGGUGACCUCCACUGCCGGCCCUGGCGUCCCUUCGCUCGCCGGCGUCGUCGAUCCCGUGGCCGCGGCGCACCCGGCGCUCCAGCUCCUGCGGAUGCCGCUGUCCGAGCGCCAGUUCGCCGCCGCGGGCGCGGCGGCCGCGGCAGCGGGCCUCUUCGGGAGGGCCUCUAGUCACGACUUCCGCGUGGGCGACCUCCUGGCCGACCAGCUGCGGCCACAGGUUCCCCUUCCACCUGUCAACCAGGCGUCUACGACGGCGUCCACGCCGCCGACGACUGCGCCGUCGUCCUCUUCUGCCGUAGCUGCUGCAGGUUCUACAAGCCGGGACGGCUUCCGACCGUCCGCGACGUCCCAGAGCACACCGCCGUUCGGCUUGCCGGCCAUAGAGCCCCAACUGGACUUCUACUCUCAACGGCUGCGACAGUUGGCCGGAGCGUCCAGUCCUUCUGACGCGGCGACGUCGGGGAGCGCCAACGCUCCUUCCUCGCCGCGUAAGCAGCUCACGCCGCCAGCGUUCCCGGCCUCCGGCGCAGCCACCUCGACGACGGGAGUCCCGCUGACGCCCACGGCAUCGUCCGCGCCCGCCAAGGCGUCGUCGGACGGUACGCCGACGUCGCGCGCCGCGUCUCCGAAGCUCAAGUCGUGCGAGUACUGCGGCAAGUCGUUCCGCUUCCAGAGCAACCUCAUCGUGCACCGGCGGUCGCACACGGGCGAGAAGCCGUACCGCUGCCACAUCUGCAACCACGCGUGCACCCAGGCGAGCAAGCUCAAGCGACACAUGAAGACGCACCGCGGCUCGCCCGGGUCGGGCAACAACACGAGCGUCGAGUCGGCCCGAUCAACGCCGGACGGCGCAGGUGGCGGUGGCGGUCCUCGCACUAACGGCGACGACGGCUCGGAUGACGGGGCCGCGUCGUGCGACGAGGUCGAGGACGAGGAGGAAGAGGAGGAGAUGGACGAGGAAGAAGAGGAGGAAGAGGAGGAGGAGGAAGAAGAAGAGGAGGAAGACCUGGACGACGAGAGCGGCGCCGGAGGCGUUGACAGGGCCCAGGACCUGACGGUACGGGGCGGCGGCGGGACGGGCUCUUCGGUGGGCCCAUCCGAGCGCAAGUCCCUGCUGGGCGAGGUCAUGGAGAAGAUCGGCCUCACCAACAUCCAGCAGUACAGUGAGGCCUACCGGCAGGCGCUCGAGGAGAGCGGCACCCUGCGCAACGCCGUCAAGCAGGAGCGACCCGGGUCGGCUGCGCCCAGCAGUGACACGUCGAUGGCCGAGAACGGCUCCGACGUGGUGGGCAGCAAGUCGCUGCCGCACGGGGCGCUCGACUUCGGCGGCAGUCUUCUGGGAGCCUUCGACGGUGACGCCGCCAGCAAGAGGCUCAAGCUGGACCUGGCCGCGGCGGGAGAGCGCGACGUCUUUCCCGCCGGUCUCUGGCUGCCCUCGAUGGCCCACCGCGACUUCUACCUGGGCCUCCACCAGCAGGGCGCCGCUGACCUGGAGCAGCGGGCCAAAGAGCUCAAGCUGGGCACUCUGAGCCCACGCCCCGGUCCGAGCGGCGCGGCUGCUGCCCUGGCCCUGAUGGGCUCCCACCUGGGCAGGCCCAAGGACCGGCGCAACGACACGUGCGAGUACUGCGGGAAGGUCUUCAAGAACUGCAGCAACCUCACGGUGCACCGGCGAUCGCACACGGGCGAGAAGCCCUACAAGUGCGAGCUCUGCAGCUACGCCUGCGCGCAGAGCUCCAAGCUGACGCGGCACAUGAAGACCCACGGGCGCGUCGGCAAGGACGUCUACCGGUGCCGCUUCUGCGACAUGCCUUUCUCGGUGCCCAGCACGCUGGAGAAGCACAUGCGCAAGUGCGUCGUCAACCAGAACGCCCAGUCGCUGGACUCCGACUCGAAGGACAUGACGUGACGCCGCCGAGGCCGUCCCUCGUCGACGUCGCUGGCGCCGCCUCGCGCAGGACUCGUGGGGCCCGCCGCCGCCGCCCCGUUCGUGGCGUCCUGGCGCCGAGCGGCUCUCGGACAGCCCUGGGUCGCGUCUCUUCUGCACUGAAGACACUUUUGAGGCCGCCGUAACGUCGGUGACCGACCUUCUCGCAGUGGUAGCCCGUCGUUUCCGAAACCCUGAAGUCCCCGAGUCAUCGCGAGUCGCGCCUGCCCGUACGUUGGCGCGAGCGUGUACCUGUGUGUGCGUGCGUGUUUCAUUCAUAUACUGUCCCGGACUUCAUCAUCCACUGUGGUCCCACUCUGCCUGCUUAUCUCCUCUGCGGACUUGUUCCCGCCUCCAAUCCUUUAGCGAGAGAGUUGGCGCGUUCUGUUCUCAGCAGUGCGUUGUUUUCCACCGCCGAUUUACUUUGUCAUUUUCCUUUGUCCACUGGCUUCUGAAAGACUUUAAAGUGGUGAAGGCCUGUCAGUCGGGGACAUUACCUGAUACCCUCGGUGGUAAUAUGUGUUCAUAUCUCUGUCUCGCUCAAGUGCGUGAAGAAAGAGCUUCAGUAUAGUUGUCGAUGCUUGGAAGAAAGCUGUGGCCCCACCUUGUCAUGGGAAGGAGGAGAGGGCGCGUCGUAUGGUGGGCAUCUCCGUUCACGAGUUAUUUCUAUACAGUGCAAAAUGCCUUUAUUCAGCAUAUUGCGGCAGGGCAAAAAGCCAGCCUGGUGCAUUUAAACAUUAGCUGAGGUCAGUGUCUGAGAGAUUUUUCAUGCACCUUUAGGGCACGAAACACCUUUUGCUGUAGGGCACGAAGCCUUGCUGCAGUUUGGCAGUGUGCUUACGAGGUUUGGAAAGCCGGUCGGGUUUGUUGCCCAGUGGCAAAGGAAGAGCCACUCUUGUAAAGAAAUUAUAUGUAUAAGUGAAUCUCCGCCGAAAGUGCCUGAAAUCUGGCGCCGGAGGAAACUACAUCAGCACUUCCGUUAGGAGCGGAAGUGACGCCCGAUUUCGAUCUUAAUCAUACCGGUGUGGUACCCGACCGGUGGAUCCUUCUUCGGAAAGCAGUCGGCUGUAAAAAAAAAAAAAAACGAUUAUAACAGCUUUCGUUCGUAAUUACCGGCGUCAAAUCGACGCCCAGCCGGAGCAGUUGGCUACUCGAGUUGACACACGUGGAGUCGACACGCCUGGAAUGUUAAAGUCGAUAACUCGUUGGAAGUUCGAGUCGACACGAUCGGGCUUGAAAGUUGACACGUCUUCGACUUAAUGUCCGUGAAUAUUUGGAAUUGGAGUCGACGCGCUAGGUCAUGAAAGCCUUUGAAAGUCUAUACGUGUUGGGCGUAAUGUCUCUAACCCUUGGGAAGUGGAGUCGAUACGCUUGAACUUGAAAGUCAGUAUGCUUCGCGAACAUGCCACCUUUGAAAUCGACUCAACAGCGUUCUCUCCUCCUUUACCGAAUGUAUGAUGUCCAAGCUUUUUUAGCUGGGAGUGGCCGUGGCUGUUGGGUCUUAGCGUUUUGAUCCCUACCCACUUGCUAUUUCCGCGUCUCGCCGCUGCUAGGCGACAAACGUCAGUGUUGCCAGACUCGCCAUUGGUUAACGGGUUUCUUUUGCUGCAGCAGCCAAUGGCAACGACGGCUUCCGCUUCCAUUACAUGUGCAAUAACACCGUUCCUUUCUCGCACCUUUCUCGCUAUCUCUCGAGCCAUUGGUGUUUGCCCUCCUCCCUUCCUUUUUUUGGAAAUGUCGCAUCUCGCGCCUAUCAUUUUAUUACUUGUUUGUAGUGUUUGUAACGAUGCUGUGACUUCGAUCUUACAACCAUUUCAUCGCCACUCCUUUCGUGUACAUCUUGCGGUGACCAGUGGAGGUAUUUAUCGUUCACACUUGCGGCGGGAACGCGUGACGGAAGUCUUCGUUUCGCCCGUACCUAAAUAACCAAGUUCUACACUUUUCGUAAUCGUUUUCUUUUCCACUUUUUCUUCCUUUUUUUUUAAAUGCACGUAUAGAGACGCGAUCAUACCUCGAGAACAUAAUACUGCAUUUUACUGUCGUUUUUUUUUUCGUCUUAAUAUUAGUGAAUCAUCACUCCCACGAGGUGACUGCACGCUCUUUUUCUUUCUUCCAUUUAUCUCCUUCUGCGGCAGGAAAAGAGUGUGAGAAUCGUUUACAUUUGCCCUCUGUUUUUAUUAUUCAACCGGGGACCACUGGCAGAGAUUGUCGUCUCGGCGCUUGUCUUUUUUUAAAAUAUUUUGCCCGCGGCCACGGCGAAAACAAUAUGGCUGUGCACGUUCAUCAAGAGCAAUAACACAGUCUCGAAAUGCCGCGAGUAACGCAGUUAAAUUCAUUCGAAAGAGCAACUGGAAUCACUGCUCUUAUCUCACCAGCUACGGAGCAUCACAUCACUUUCAUCAGACAGGCGUGCAACCGUCCUCAAUUAUCUGAUAGCGCUAGGGGUAAAUAAACUGCAGUGCUUAAGAAAAAGAAACUUUACCUUUCGGUGUAAUUGGAGCGCACGCGUAGUAGGUGUUUCGACAUUCUAGCACAUUCAACACUCCUUCACCCAUACACUUCAAACACCGGGCGCUCGUAGCACAGAUUGUACUUGUUGAAGACAUCAGGUAUCUAGUCACGUAACAGCAAUCCUGAAUUCGUUCAACGUGUCAUCGGCUGAGCGGUAACCAGAUUUGGCUGUAAACACGGCAGGCAACAUCGGCAAGGUUAUCUGGCUGCGAAGAUUGCGACUCAGUUUUACCAAACGAAGUUGCCCAGCAUAAUUUCUAAACCCGAAGUCCCCACCUCCAAAUUGGUGCGUCAUCCGCUCGGUGCGAUUGUACAUGAGGGAGCGCGAUUUGACUGCCAUGUUUAAAUUCACUUCAGCUGAUCCCCGACAGGUGUCGCGUCGCGCGGCGCGCCCGUCACUUCCGUGACGUCCUCUGACGUCCACACGCCGCCUGUCGGCAGCUGUGCGCACCCUGCUCGUUUUAUACUUGGCCUCCGAGAUGGCGCGCGUGUCUUUCUUUCCCGAUGACGGAGACUAUGGUUAAUUUGACCGUUUCUCCCUCCCCAGGUCUCGUAAAAGCGUUUAAUAUGAAUUGUUUUCUUUUAUUGCUUAUGAAUAUCUAUUUAAGGAAGCGCGAGUGCUGCCGAAUAGUCGUCAUUGUUCACAAGUCUCAUCGCUAAAAUGCCCGCAAUCUUUUAUCUGACGCUUCUAACAGCUGGCGUGCCAUGGCAUACGGCGUGUUUCGGAGAACGUGCGGCGCUUGCGACACCGCGCACGUAUGUAGUCGUUCAUCGAUUCAUGGGCACAUGAUCUUCGAGAUGCGCAUAUUUUUUUUCUUUCUGUACAAAAGGAAUACUACCGAGUCACCGUGCAUACAAAUUUGAAGCCGCGCUCGCGACGCUGUAAUCAAGAGGGUAUAUAUAUAUAUAAAUGUCAUAACUUGUACCAGACAAUUCACGCCCAAUCUGAUCAUCCCGCCGCAUUUUUUCAUAACCGCUUCUUUAUGUUCGUUUGGGCAAUUUUUUGACUGUACACAUUUUUUUUUUCUGGACGCUUACAGCCGUUGGAAGAUUAACAGCGGUACACAUCGAGGUACUUAUAGGAAUGCCGGGCCUAAUCGUUGUCGAAUAUUUGCAAAUGACCGUGACAGUUCUAUUCGUACUCUGUCUAGGUACCCAACGACUAAGAGAUGACGUCAAUCAUUCUUAACUCCGAAAUUAGACAGCAUUCUCAUAUGCAAUCCAAAUCGUAAUCAGUAACUCGAUGCGUGGGAAUGACUUGGCUGAUCGGCGAUUUGGGCACCUAUGAGUAGAUAUUACUACUCGACAAAACCGUAUUCUGAUGGCCACGUUAGGCCUAGUGAGGCCUGACUCUUGAGUUAGGCCUAACUUAAGCCUAAGCUGAGUCAGGCCUGACUUAGACCCAAUGAGGCCUAACGCGAGAUCGUCCUCUUCAGGGAUAUUCCAACUGCGCUGCAGGCUGUUUUUCAACGUGCCCUUAAGAUGUGUCGUGUAAAAGCUGUCAUUAUGUUUUUUUUUAAGUUUCACGAUCAUCAGAAACUUGCGACUGAAAAUACAGGCUUGAAAUCAUGCUCCCCGUGUACAUACAGCCUUGCCUUCCCCUCUUAUUUCUGUCGCGUUGUGACGUCAUGUCCCAUUGUUCAGGUUCUCACUUUCCUUUACUGUUCUCUAUUUUUUAAAGAUUCUUUGCCCCUUCCUACUUUCAGAAAGGAUGCGUCAAUCAAGCCUCUCCUUCUGCAUUGACCUUUUUUCAUCGUAAUACAUAUGUCACGUGACUGUUGUGCCAUUUUUUUAAAAAAAGGGAGAGAGAUGUCGACUCGAGACAAGUCUGUUGUGACGGUCAGAGACGACUACCGUUUUAUCCGCUGUGAAUGAAUGGCGUGUGAGAUGAGAAGUGAUAGCGAGAAAUAUAAAAAAAAAACGCAGGAAAAAAGCAGUUUUUACUCGUGGUUGGCUGUCUAAAGUUGCACUACGCUUGAGAAGGUAAAGACUUUUUUUUUUCCCACGAGUGCAUGUGAAAUAUUGAGAAAGAGAGAAAGCGAUAGAGGAGAUAUAUUAUAUAUAAAUAUAUAAAUAUAUAUUUUAGCCCUGUACUAUAAGCUUUGAGAUCUAUAGAUAUUUGUAAAGCCCACCAAAACCUCCCACAUUUCUCCCCUUCGAAGGCUGGUUCUUUUCUUUUUUAAUUUUUUAAAAAUAUUGCGUAAUGAUCCGAGCUGCUUUCCUCACGCUUCAGGCUUUGAGCAGGAACAAUCGAUAACAGUUUAGUAGUUGCAGAUUGGUAACUGUUGAUUAGCAGUUGACACAUAAUGACAACAGGAUAAUGAGGAAAUGAUAAUUUACAGUUCGCCAGCUAAUAGAGUUACUGCGCCUUCACUCACACCAUGCUACGUUCACUUGGGCGAUGGAGAAAUACAAACCUGCGACUUCAGGCAACGGGUAUAUUAUCAAUUACUAUUGGCCAUUGAUAAGCUAUUAAAUUUUGGGCAUCAUUUUGAAACCCCUGGAAAAUAGUGCGCACAACGCACAUAGGAUUUUUGACUCGCUUAGUUCUUGGUCGGCCCGUCCCUAUAAACAAUCACUGGUUGCAACAUUCGGCUGUGGAUUAUGGGAUAUGUAGUUGUUAAAAAUUCGGAAUUUGUGUUGUUUUAAUCGGGAAUGGUCCGGCCUAGAAACGUGACGAACAGCAGCGAGGAUUCAUGAUGUGGCGUUUUCUUUUUUUUUUUGAUGUUAUUUUUUUUUCUGAUUGGUCGAACUUUUGUAAAGGCUGUGUUCUUCGUAUCUGUUCAUUUUGAUGUCGUCCUGUCACGUCACAGUGACGUGUUUAAAAUCGAUGGAGGUGCGAUCUCAAACGCUAUGUUGUCUUCAUUGUUUGCUUUCCCCUCCUACUCUUCCUAUUUCCAGUUUUUUUUUUUUUGUACGCUUGGCGGUGCUGUGGCUUUUCGAAGGCAAACGUGAACUGACGUAACUUACUUGUACAGACACCCAGUGCAUUAUGUUUAAUUACUCUAGUGCUUUGACAAGUUCAGAAACGACUCUUCCUUCUAUUCGCGUCUUACGUAGACUACGCCGAGGCUCACACUUCAAAAGGCUUAUUUCAGCGGGUAAUGCUAAACGUAAAGCACAUAGUUUUGUUUUCGAUUUUCUGCUGUGUACUUUCAGGUUCGGGUACUCCAACAAAUUGUCUAACGAUUGCUGCACUAUUUGGGAUGUAACCAAUCUGCGCACAUACCGCGAAAUUCUAGAUUAGGACCGGAAAAGCCGUAAGCUGUUCAUAUUUUUCAGAGUGAACCAAAGUUCACGACUCCACGUCACCGAUCCGGAAAUACAGGCGCUUUAUGCCAGUCUGCACGUUUCAUCCCGUUAGCCGAGACAAACCACAGCGCUUGCAGUACCGUAUUGUCUCGUGUAUUAUGGGUAUAUCAAUGCAGUGCAACAAUACAGAGAAAAUGUAUUGCGUUCGUCUUUUUUGGCCAAGACUGCGAAUUAAGCAACGCAUUUAACUGUUGCUCAUUUUAGUUUUGCCUUGCCCCCCUCCCCCCCGCCUCCCCACUCCCUCAAUGUGCGUAAUUUCUUCGGCUGGCCUAUAGUUUCGUUUUAGUUCUCCCGCACUUCGUAAACGUCCCCCCUCCCCUCUUCUGUGUUUUGUUUUCUGUCGCCGUUCUUAUGUUUUGUACCGAUAUGCUUUCCUAUGUUUGUGUUUGUCGAGACACUAGACGCUUGAAGACAGUUAGUUCUGCCAUGUUUUCAAGUGUACAAUCCGGUGAAAGAAAGAAAUGCUAUACAUAUAAUGAAUAGAGUGCACCUUUUUUGCUUUUUAUUGUUCUUUCUCUGAUCGUUGGUCGUUGUGACUCGCGGAAUAAGGGGAAAAAUACGCGAAAAGGGAGAAAUAUGACGGAACUGUCUCGUAUGUGUGUGAAUACCGUGAUUGAGUGUUAUAGAGGUUUUGCGACGAGUGUGUGUAAAGGCAACUGAAACCCGCAACAUGGCGGACAACUACGUCGCUCCCGAAGAGUUUUUUUUUUUUAUUGAGUGUGAAAAGUGCAACGCGACUUGUCCCUCGUUUGUGAAUGCGCGUCGUCUGCUACGGACGUCUGCUACUCCGUAGCAGACGUGGACGCUCUAUCCCCGCAUUGCGGAAAGCAGACGACAACGUUGUUUUUUUUUCUCUCCUUCUGCGAACGGUGUCACGUGUGUCUGUCCGGCGACCGUGAUUGGCUCUCGUUCGAGUCACGUGACUAGCCCGACGGUGUGGCCGCCGUAUUGUGAAUGUCGUUCCUGAAACCCCGCUGUCUCGUCUUUUUUUCCCCCGUUUAUCUCGUUUAGCCAUUGUCAUGUUUGUUUUGUUUGAAGGCUGACCCUUUCUGCAGUGCCCUCCUCCUUGCCAAUGUUUUUCUUUUCUUAAAGUCACCAGGGGGCAUUAUAAAUGCGUAAAGCUUCUUUUGUGCCGCUGAAUUUAGCUUUUCUUCCGGGCCCCUUAAUCUCGCCUUUUUUUGUGUUUUUCUUUACCUUUGUUUUUUUUUCUUUCGAUACGCAUCGCUCGUUGCCCGUACUACGACAGUUGUAUUGUUUUUAUGUGCGUGUACAUUGAAAGCAGGAAACACUGUGUGCGUUGUGAGCAUUUAUAUGCUUCUUGUUUUCCCUAGCUGGCGAAGAGCAUGUUCAUAUUACAUCAAUCUCCUUUGUCAUUAUGUGGAAGUUUAUCUGAAUAGUUUGCAUCCCUCCUCUUAUUUUUUUUCUUUCGCGAAGUAGCGAUUACGCGACGGAUUUAUUAAAUAAAAGAAAAAUGGCAUCCGACA